UAUAAUAAUUUUAAGGAAUGGAGUAAGGUCCUGCAAUUUUUUUCUUGCUUUAAAGAGAAGGAGGCUUUGCUGUUGAUAUUAUAUUCCAAAGAUUAGCAGUUCCUGCUUUUGCUUCUUGCUUGCUAAAAUGGCUGAGGCUAAGAAUUCAAAACAGUACUUUAUUAAUCUUGAGCUCUACGAGAAGAAGGAAGGAAGUCUUGGCAGACGCUCCUCUUACUGCUUGGACACUGCAGAUACUGGAGACAGCACUCUACAAACUAUAAUCACUAGUUUCCUCCUUAAAGAAUGGCCUGGUGUUGAUCCUAACAGUAUAAAGUGUCUCUCUGGAAAUAUCUGUGGUGAGUAUAUUGAUCUACAAUCUGCUCCAAGUGACAUUCCUUAUAUCUCUGAUGCUCUAAGGCAGAGUGAAAUACCAACACUAAUUGUCCUAAGAGAUCAUACUACACCGACUACAUCUCCUCCACUUUCACCCGAUCCAAUGGAGCCGCAGAAAGUGAGCCGGACUCUCAGUAACUUUCUCCGUGGUAUGAUAGGAAGCAUACCUGACCCCUCCCCUCUCCCCUUCACCUGGGAUAACCCUCUUGAAGAGGCAGAGGUCGAAGAAGGACUAAGUGACAAUAUGAUGUCUGUGUCUUUAAACAAUCGUACCCCAUCCUCAUCCUCCUCAUCCUCUAGCAGUAUCGGAAUGGCCAGCCCACAAAGACGAAAGUUUGGCCUUUUUAAAUCAUAUCGCUCUGUGUCAAUGAAGGACACUCCUAGUGCCGGCUUUAAACCAUUGGACCGGAUGAACACAUCAGUCGAGCUGCAGGUGAAACCUGGUGAGGGAGACGAGAGUUCUGUUUUUGAUGAAUCCCCUCCCCGCCCACGGACGGAGGCAAUGGAGGGCCCCAAGCGAAAGAUGUCACGAGACACUGCCGAUAAAGUGAAGAGAAAGACUAUGAUAUUUGGUCGGUCGGCCACUUCUGUGAGUGAGGAGAGCACGAUGGAUAUAUCCGGGCCGGAACAGAAGGAGUUUGAUUGGAAGAGUCGUCAGCAUAAAGCAGUUCGUACGACAAGACGUGUGAAAUCACCGCAAAAGAGGAAGGAGAGUAUGCCGAGUCUUUCAUAUGCUUCUUUUGAAGUGCAUGAGGUUACUGUACAAUCGGAAGAUUUCGCUCCCUUUAAAGUUAAAUGCAGAGAAUUCGAUACUAUUGGUGUGCUCAAAGAAGUUAUACAUAAAGAAAUGAGACGCAAGAGUAUUGUAUUCACCUUUCCUGCAAGCACCAGAUCAGAUUCAUUUACUCUCACCUACUCAGUCAACAAUACUCUCUAUGAGCUAUACAAUGAGAGGCAGUUGAUUUUUAAGACAUUGCUGUAUGAGCAUUGGAAAGAAGCUGGUGAUACUGCAGCUAUACCGAUCUGCCUUGAUUUGAAAGAAACCAGCUGGGAGAUACCAACUCUUUUACGUAUAAGUAAACUAAGUGGAGUCCUUCUUGAUGAAGAUGUUACUUACUCGAUACAAGGGGUUGGUGGGGGAAAGAACCUCGAUCUGUCUCAGUUUGCCCACAUUGCAAAGAAUGAUAGGAUUGAAGUGGAAUGGGCCAGAAGGACACUACACAGUUUUGUUGAUAAGGUGGUAAGAGAGAGAGAUGAUGAAAGCUAUGCUUUAUCAAUGGAGCUAGAAACUGAUGGAACAUCAACUCUACUGGCACUUCAGAUACCAAUCGAUAAUAAAGUAGAAGUUACUUUUCAUUUUAAAAACGUUUUUUCACUGACCAGGAGAAUAAACGUUAAUGAAUAUGUUAACACAACACUGAAGAACAUAUUCCCUUGUAUAGUGGCAUGUGGUCUAGUAGAAAAUGAUAUUGAGAAGUACACGUUGCAGAUAACUGGUGAAAUGAGCUAUCUUGAUGGUAACAACGAACUCAUUGCUUUUAAAGACAUUAGAAAGUCUAUAUUAAAAUCAGAGCAGAUUCAUAUUUCAGUGACUAAGAAACCAACAGCAGACGAGGAUAAAACCUGCACAUUAAACUGGUUGCCAAUAGAUCCCCACAGUGGGGAGCCUCCAUUACACACUGACAUCAGUCGGUCACAGAAAAGUGAAUCAUCUUACGAGACAUUCGCCGCUUCAGUUUGGGACCAGACAGACGAGUUUGCUCUUGUGGUACCUUUUGUUGAGAGCCUUCCUGUCCCCUCAUCCAAGGAGAGUAAAAAGAUGCAGCUCAUCGUCACGGCAACACUCUAUCACUCGAAGCAGGUUCUGAGCGAGAGGCAGCAGACGGGGCCACGCCCACUCAAUAACGAGGGAAAGAUGGACAUUAACGAGACCUUCAUGUUUGGAGUAGUGACCAGGGACUUACCUAAAGCUGCCAAGAUAAUGGUCUGCAUACAUGAAGACUCUAAAAAAGACAGAAGCAAAUCCACCAACAGUAUCCUGUACUGGGGGCUUGUACCAGUCUUUGAUCACAGAGGUAUACUACAGAGUGGUCCCUAUACUAUGAUGCUAUGGAAGGGACCGUCGUCAGUGAAACUGGGUCAAGGAGAGCUGAACAUUUUCCAGGCUAAUCCUUGCUCCCCUUGUAACAGUAAUCCUGAUCCAAUGGCUGUACGGGUCACAAUACAGUUCCCUCGUUACACUUAUCCUGUCUUCUUUCCUCUAAGUGCACCUGAGACCUGUUCAUUUUUACUCAGUCAAGAGAAGGAUUCUCACGUUAUUCGGAAACAGUUUGAAAAGUUGCUGAGCUGUUUGGCAAAUGGACAGUUACCCAUGUCUGCAUUUCCUAGUUACAUUGCUCGUAUUAAUUGGACGAGACUGACUCAAGUUAUAGAGGUGUACUCACUACUGCAACAGGUGGAAGCUGUUCAAACACUACCUGUAGAGACUGCUCUUAAGUUGCUCGAUGGUGAAUUUGCUGAUGAGAAGGUUCGGAGUUUUGCUGUUCAUGUUCUAGAAACACUACCCAAUGAGCAGUUGGAGAACUUCUUAUUGCAAUUGACACAAGCACUCAAGUUUGAGCCUUGUCAUGAUAGUGCUCUGGCUAGGCUUCUCUUGAAGAGAGCGCUCACUAACAAACGAAUUGGACACUUUUUCUUUUGGUACUUAAAAUGUGAAAUGUACAAUCCGCUCUUCACUCCUCGUUUUGGUGUGCUCCUCGAGGCCUAUUUAAAGGGGUGUGGCCAGUCUAUGCUCCAGCGAUUUGAGAACCAGCUCGAGAUGCAAAUACAACUUGAAGACAUUGGAAAACAAGUUGAGAAGAGUGGUAAUAAUGAAGCUAUCAAGAUGCAGACAGCAUUACAAGACCUCCUCCGAAGUAACGAGAUACCCAGUAAAGUACUGACUCCGGUUUACAACCCGAGGAUCGCCCUAGGCAAUCUCAAUCCGGCCAAGUGUAGGAUCAUGGGAUCUAAGAAACGACCUCAAUGGCUUGAGAUGUGUAAUGUUGAUCCAACCGCCCUGAGACCGGUACCAACAAGACUCAUACUCAAACUAGGAGACGAUCUGAGACAAGAUAUGAUUGUCCUACGGAUGCUCUCUCUAUUCGAAAAAUUGUGGGAGAGAGAGGGUCUGCCUGAUCUCUGUCUCAUACCAUACGGUUGCAUGGCUACUGGUCCCAACUCUGGCUUUAUUGAAGUUGUAAAAAAUGCUAAAACAAUUGCUGAUGUUUCUGGUAUUAAUGAUAACAAGAAGUUGUAUGAGUGGAUUAAGAGUCAUCAAAAAAAUGAAUUCGGUGAAGAUGAUCCUGAGCUUUUGAAAGAAGCAUUGAAGAGAUUCGCUCACUCUUGUGCUGGCUAUACUGUAUCUUCAUACGUACUGGGUAUUGGCGACAGACAUAAUGACAAUAUUAUGAUCACCACUUCGGGGAAUCUAUUUCACAUCGACUUUGGACACUUCCUUGGUAACAUCAAAUACUUUUUGGGAGUCAAGAGAGAAUGGGCCCCGUUUGUCCUCACCCCUGAUUUUGUAUAUGUGAUGGGUGGAGAGAAUAGCGAUACUUUUAACAUGUAUAAGAACCUGUGCUGUCGUGCUUUCCUCUGUCUCAGAAGACACAACGAGCUUAUUUUUAACCUCUUCUCACUGAUGAGAUCUACUGGUAUACCAGAGCUUGCUUGUGUAGAAGAUGCAGAGUAUAUCAGUCAUGCCCUAAUGAUCACUAAGACAGAGCAUGAAGCUGAACAAUCCUUUCAACAACUGAUUAAGAAAUGUCUUGACUUGCAAUGGACAGUACAAAUUAUGUGGUGGAUACACAGAAAAAGGACUGGAGGAGGCUCAAGUUAACAAUUGGAAUCACCUUGCAUGAAUAUAAUAUUAUUUUAUAUUUUUCAUUUUUAAUACGUUUGAUGUGUGUAUUUUCUUUUUUUGUGAGCUACGCCCACUCAUUUAAA